UCAAACUUUAUAAAUUUACCUUUAUAGUUACCUUGACAUCAUUCUGUAUGCAUCGGAUUUGUACCUUUAUAAAAAUGUUGGAGUGGGAAAUUUGAAUUUAUAAACAAGUAAUAUACUACCAAUCUGUUUACAACAAUGACUAAAAGGAGAGCGAAAGAACAGAAAGUGCCAGAAGAACCAGAAGAAAGAUACUUCCUGAAUCCAGAGUCAGUCAGUUCUCACUUAUUUUGUUCUAUAUGUCAGGAUGUUUUCAACCAGCCAUACAGAGCUCCAUGUGGUCAUAGUUUCUGCAAAGCAUGUAUCACGGCAUGGUUACGGAACAGCAAGACUUGUCCAGAGGACAGAAAGAGCUUACAGUUACACCAAAUGCACCAUGACUUUAUUGUUGAAAAUAUUAUAGGCGAUCAAAUGGUUGCAUGUCCAUUUAGAAAAUCAGGCUGUGAUUUCAUUGGGCAGUUGCAAAUGUUAAAAUCUCACAAGAAAUCCUGUGAAUUUAAUCCAAUUAACCUACCUGAAUUUCUGAAAAUGAAAGAAAAAGAAAAUACUCCAGAUUCACAUGUUACAGAUGACGAAGUCCUGUCAUCUCCAGCAAAGCCGUCCUUAAUGAUGAGACUGUUUCGUUCUGGUGACAGUCAGAAAUCUUUGUUGAAAACUAUGUUUGAAGACAAAGAAAAUACGCCUUCAACUUGAUAUAAAUCUUCGUAUUUUGCUAUUUAUUUUCUCAUGUUUAUUAAAUAAUAUACUUAUU